AUGAAUCCAUUUCUCAAAUUCGGUAAAAUCCAAAGGAGGACCAACCUGGAUGGAGCAGUAACAGAAGAACUACUUAAAUUAUUAGAAAUUCAUCAUCCAAAUAUCAACAAAGAGAAAAAGGUCAAAGAAGAGAAAGAAUUGGUCUUCGACGAAGACCACAAAGCACUUAUCGCUUAUAUUUCAAAGGAAUACGAUUCAUAUCGUAUUCCCUCAUUUCUUAAAUCCCCAACGUCUAAGACUACUACAAGUAGUCAUUCAGCGAAUAAAUCCACAACUAAAUCUCCACAGAAACAAAUUACAACAACCGGCAAUCCAUUUCUCAAAUUCGGAGUAAUUGAAUUAAGGUCCAACUUGGAUGGAGCAGUGACAGAAGAACUACUUAAAUUAUUAGACAUUCAUCAUCCAGAUAUCAGCGAAGAGGAAGAAGUCGAAGAAGAAGAGGAAUUGGAAUUCAACGAAGACGACAAAGCACUUAUUGCAUAUAUCUCAAAGGAGUUUGAUUCAGGUCGUGUUCCCUCAUUUCUUAAAUCACCAACAUCUAAGACAAAUAGUCAUUCAGCGAAUAAAUUUAAUACUAAAGCUUCACGGAAACAAAUAUCCAUUGAUCCAGUUCCGAAAUUUAGUAUAACUGAUUGCAGGUCUAGUCUGGAUGAUUCAGUUGCAAAAGAGGUAAUCAAAUCAUCAAAAGAUCAUUCUCCAAAAGUCAACGAAGAGACAAAAGUCAAAGAAGAGAUCGAAUUGGAAUUCGAUGAAGACGACAAACCACUUAUCACUCAUAUCUUAAAGAAAUACGAUACAUAUCAUCAUUUAGAAGUCAACGAAGAGAAAAAAGUCAAAGAAGAGAAAGAAUUGGAACUCGAUGAAGACGAUAAACCACUUAUCGCUUAUAUCUCAAAGGAAUACGACUCAUAUCAUCAUCCAAAUCUCAACGAAGAGAAAGAAGUCAAAGAAGAGAAAGAACUGGAAUUUGAAGAAGACGACAAACCAUUUAUUACAUAUAUCGCAAAGGAAUACGAUUCAUGUCGUGUUACUUCAGUUCUUAAAUCUCCAACGUGUGACACAAGCAGUCAUUCAACGAAUAACGUUAUUACUGAAACUUUACAAAACCAAACUACAACACCCAUUGAUCCUAUUCCCAAAUUCGAUACAACUAAUAGCCGGUACAAUUUGGAUGACUCAGUCACAGAAGAAGUAAUUAAUUCAUUAAAAGGUCAUUCUCCAGUCAACAAAAAGAGAAAAGUCAUAGAAAAUAUCGAAAUGGACGAAGAACAUUUCGGUGGUAUUUUAAAGCAAAGCAAACCAUAUCAUACUCCCUCAUAUAAUAUCUCAAAGUCUACGACAAGUAAUCAUUCAGCGAAUAAAUUUACAACUGAAGCUCCACAGAAUCAGGCCAUAAGAUACCUAAAGAUCUUUUUUGAUUGA